GUGUGGCAGCCAAUGAAAUAGACGGAAAAGAAGGCGUGAUGAGAGAAAGUAGAGCAGUUGAAAGAGGAAGAGAAGAGGAAGAGAAGAGGAAGAGAAAAUUGAGAAUCAAAGUAUAAAUAAAUCAGAGAACGAAUUGAAGAAAAGUAAACAGAACCGAGAUGAGUUCGAUAAGAUUUGUUGGAAAAAGAUUGAUUCCAAUUGGAAUUGGGAGUUUAUUGAGUUAUUCAGUUGUUAGUAAUAACAAGAGAGGGAUAGUUUAUUGCGAUAGCAAACGAGAGUUUUACAAAGAUGAUGAAGAUAUUAAGAGGAACAUCAAUUUUAAAGAUAUUAACAAAAGUGGGAUAAAAUAUGGAAACCGCAAAGAGGAAAGUAAGGAGGUGGAUGAAAACAGUAAGAUAAUUGAUGGAAUGAGCAUUCGAAGCUAUCAAAUACUUGAAAAGAUAUCGUUGAGCAGCAGAAAAUAUUUGAUCAAUUUUUUUGAUUAUUACUAUGCAGAAUAUUUGACAGGCAAAUCGUCGAUGAAGAACGAGAUCAAGAAUUUACAAGAAGGAAUCAAGGGUAUUGUUGUUGAGCCAGUGUUGCCCAACUUUAUCUAUAUAUUAACUGGAGCAUUGGGUGGAUCGAUAGCUGUCAACCGAAGAAGCUUGCCCAUUCGAUUUUUGACGCCAUUUUUUGUUGGAUUGGUGUUGUUCAAGAAGAUGAUGCCGGAGAGUUUUGAGAACAGUUCGAGAUUUGUGAUUGGUUUGGAGAAGAAAUACCAACCCGAAGUGUACGAGAAACGGGAAGAGAUUAUCCAGAAGAUUGGAGAGGAAAAGCGAGAAGCUGAAAGAUACAUUGAAAAUAAAAAUGUGGAAUUGCAAAGGGAAAUCCACAAAGCUCGAAAAUACAUCAGCGAUGUAUUUGAUUUUUAGACACAGGAAAUAUAUCUUUUGAGAUUCGUGAUCCUUGAAGAUAGCGAGAUAAAGUAUCUUUGAAUCAAGGAUCCUGCUUACUCACUGCUAUGACUAAAAGCAAAUAAGAUUCGAAAGCUAAGAUUCGAUAACUAGGACUCAAUAACUAAGAUUCCAACACAGUUGCCCAAACUAGUCACAUCGGC